AUGGCUGUAAACGUCAGAGACUACAAGAAUGGUUUCUGCCACAGUGACGUGGUCAAGUUCAUUAAUGAAGAAGUGUUUAGUAAUGGCGGUGGCCCAGCGUUCUACCUGACCUUUCACUCGCAGCCCUGGAAUGAGAUAGAAAAUUGCCUGAAAUUUAUCGUGGCCGACCCACAGGUGUCGCAUACCAUCAAGAGGGCCUGUGCCUGGAGCGCACUAGCCCUGGGUGUGAGAGAGGCUGCCAGGCAGCGGGAGCAGGGGGCACACUAUGCCCGGCGGCUGCACAAAGAGGUGGGGCGACAACAGGCGGUUCGCCGCAAUCUGACCACCAAGGUGCAGCAGCUUUACGGGGAGCACAAUGAAAUAGCCUUGGAGUUGCAGAGAGCGAAGGAAGAGCUGAAGUAUGCCCUUGAGGAGCGCAAUGUACUGCGCAGUAGGUUGCUUCAGUUUGAGCAGUCCCACCUUAAGUGGUGA